AUGUCGACUACAAUAUUGCAAGCCAUUAAUGGAGACAUACCACCGGAAAUCAAGUUGAAAUCCAGAGAUCCACUUAUGUCUGGAAUUCCUGAUGGUAUACUUGCCAUCAUAGCUCCAGUGAUAGCUUAUUGGUCUUAUUCCACUGUGUUCCAUUUAGUAGAUGUUUAUGAAUUGGCUGAAAAGUAUAGAAUACAUCCAUCUGAAGAAGAACAACUGCGUAAUAAGGUUCCAUUACAUCGGGUAGUUCAAGAUGUUAUUGUACAGCAUAUUAUUCAAAUUAUAGCUGCCAGUAUUCUUUAUCUGUUUGAGCCAGUUCCUGUGACUGGCGAUGAGCUUUAUCAUAUGUGGACUUGGAAACAGUUUCUUCCUUGGUUACCUGCUUCUUUAAUUUAUUAUGGCUAUAAUUAUGGAGUUUCAAUUAUCAAAUUUCUUGUGGCUAUUUUCAUUGUUGAUACUUGGCAAUAUUGGCUUCAUAAAACAAUGCAUCAGCAUCCCAAAUUAUAUAGAUGGUUCCAUUCUCGUCACCAUCAGUUGUAUGUGCCAUAUGCUUAUGGAGCUCUUUUCAAUAAUCCGGUUGAAGGGUUUCUUUUGGAUACUUUGGGAACUGGUAUUGCAGCUUUAGUUACGGGUCUUAGUCAAAGAGAAGCUACUUUUAUGUAUGUGUUUGCUACCAUGAAGACUAUUGAUGAUCACUGUGGUUAUGCAUUCCCCUGGGAUCCUUUCCAAAUCAUCUUCCCCAAUAAUUCAGUGUACCAUGAUAUUCAUCAUCAAAACUGGGGGAUCAAAUCAAAUUUCUCCCAACCAUUCUUCAUUAUUUGGGAUAAAAUCAAUGGUACAGAAUAUCAUUUCAUUGAAGAAUAUAAGAAAACUCAAAAACAAAUCACUUUUAAGAAGUAUAGGGAGUUUUUGGAUAAUAAACAAAAGAAGAAACAAUAA